AUGAGUGGGCAACGGAUGCAAAGGGCAAAGGAUAAGAUUGAAGUGAUGCGGAAAUGGAGCUUAAAAUCCCGGUAUGGCAAUCAGCGACACAAUGUUGCAUCAUUGGGAUGUAACUUACAGUUAGAUGGAUGUAUGGACUUCCAAUUUUUUCAUUUUAGGUGCAUUUCUCAUCUAUGGUCUUAUGGAGAGACACCAUCAUAGAAACUUCCCGGUCAUAUAUUUUUGUUGACAUUCCCUUCCCUUAGAAUUUGUCAGUUGUUUACCCCGGAAUCUCGAAAUGACUACGAAAUUCUGUUAUUCGAAGAUCUUCUACUUAAAGAUUCAAGUUAUGACUCCGUAAAAUUACUCGUUGAUGACAUCAUCUAGUCUGUGAUCGACUUAUCGCUUCAGAUUUGCCUUGAAUUUAUCUGAACCUCUGUAGUCAAACUUGCACUCUCUAUUGACGCAGGGGUUAUUUGUGGCCAAGGGGUCUGGCCAUGGAAUUUUCACGUGAAUCGUUCGCUCUUCCUGUGUGGGGGAUUAAAUUUUUUCGAAGAAAGGGUGUGUCUGUUAUACGCUUAGCCAGUUUUGAGGGUUUUGUUUGUCAGUCUUGGGGGAUUUCCGGUACCUGUACACCCGCUUGCAGAGAAAAUUACAGUAAGAUUGGGUUAUCCGCUGAGAAAAGAGAUGACUUCUGUUGUUUGCCAUGGAUUUAUUCACAGCGGGAUGAGAGUAAUUAGCAUGAGGAGGAUGUGUCCACUAUUUGAUUACGUAACCUCUUUCUUCAAAUUUCUGGGGUUAUUCAAAUAAUUGUUGCUUUCACCUCCCCAAUCUCCACAUUUAUGACUCAGGGUCAGUCUGAGACCAAACAGUUUUUAGAUCGAAUGCUUCUAUCGCGUGCAGACCUCUAAUUACUUGGUUUUUAAAUUAAUAAAGAGUCCGCGUUGUACUGCAGGGACAGUUGAACGGUUUUUGUGAUUUUUUGAUAAACGAAGUUUGCUUUGAUAAUUCAUUAUCCAACGAACACCCGCCUCUCUCUUCUGAAAGUCUUCCAAGACAACCAGCUUAUAGUUUUCAUUGGAUGGAGAACUGCGCAAACCCAUUACAAGCCCAUUCACCCUUCCGAUAUGUUUCUUUACUUGAAUGUGCUGUUCACGUGAGAGGGAGACGAUGUCUGCAAAAGUGGGAAUAAAAAAGAAGGGGUCUCGAGAGCUCGAAGGGGAGGAGAGACCUUGUACUAGAGAGCAGAUGUGUCGUUCUCGGCUGUGAAAGAGGCUGUCCCUGUUUCUCUGUUCCCUCCACUCUGUCCUCACUUUCCAGAUACCGCGCGUCUUUUUCUUGUGCAAUCGCUCUUCUCUUGGCCGCAAACAUUCGUCCAAACAAGGCCGGCGGGGUCACGCAUUCUGUUCCACCUCGAGGCACAAUUAGAGCGACUAUCUAAUUGUGCCUGCUGAUAGGGCUUGCCGCGACAGCCCCGACGCAGACAAAGUUUCGUUGAAAGAAGUCGUCUUGUAAUGAGUGUUUUUAUCAGUUCCAUUGAAAAGCCCACGUUGCUCUUACAUUAACAGGUCAUCGACCUGAGCGUACGGUUUUUAGAUGGAAAGACGGAACGACGGAACAGGGCACGUGCGUCGAUCGUUCCCAAGUUUCCGAAGGCGGGAGGAGACGCGAAAAAUCUUUCCCCUGUGAUUAAAAUUAUUUAAAAAGAGACCCGGGGUGUGGAACAGCCGGCUCUUUUGCUGUUCCCGGAUCAGAAACUUUGUACCAUGCUCCAGAGAUUUGUGUUUGCCUCACCUGAUCCCCCUAUCGAGACAGCCGCUCCUUCUCGAGUGUAUGUUGCUCCCUUUUCAUUAUCAAUUAGCUGAUUAUCUGGGAUUCUAAUGUUCGUUGACUCCUCUUAUCAGUUGAAAGCUUGCAUUCCAGGAACUCCGACGUCUUUUAUUUACUUCGGUUGACAUGUGUGUCAUCUUUAGGCCGCCUUUUAGACUUUAACGCCUUUUCAUUUAUUUAUUUAGCCAUUCGAACACGUGCUUCAUUUAAACUCGUAAUUAAGACCUUAAGCGACCAUAUGUAUGGGGGAUGAUUUAUGGUGUCGAGCGCGAGAUGCACCCCAUUCCGUUUUUUUCGAUUAUUUGCUAUAAAAAAUAUCGUUUCCAGACAAUUCCAAAAUGGCUCCAAUCAGUUUCAAAGUGAACCCAGAGUUUGCGCAGAUUUCGGAGUUGGUCCCUCGGCUGUUUAUAUGCGGCGUCAGUGCCCUUUCUCCAGCAAAUAUGAAAGCCUUCAAGAUAUCUCUUAUUGUAAAUGCUACGAAGGAAGUCCCCAAUCUGAAGUCCUUGGGCGAGAUCCAAAGGAUAAAAUUAUGGGUGGAUGACACCACCGAUGAGGAUCUUUUCCCUCACUUUGAUAUCGUCGCUGAUCAGAUUCAUGCUGUUAUUCAAGAUGGAGGAAAUGUGUUAGUUCAUUGCGUAGCUGGUGUGUCGAGAAGUGCCUCGAUUUGUCUAGCCUACCUCACCAAAUACCAUUUCCGGAGCCUAAGGGCAGCCUAUCAUUUGAUGUGUUCAAAGCGGCCAAUGGUUCGGCCGAACCUCGGCUUCUGGAGGCAGCUGAUUCAUUACGAGCAGGUUGGUCCUUUUCUCCCUUUAUCUGUUUGUUUAACAGCGCUAGUAAUGAUUUCUCUGCAAUUCAAAAAUAAAAUUUUUCUUUUCAGUUGAUUAAAGGGAACGCAGGAUCUGUGCGAAUCGUGCGCGAUGAAGCCCAACCGGACAAACUAUUACCUGAUGUUUAUCUGAAGAAUGUAAUCCCCGAAAGAGUUCCCAGUCCCGAUCGCUACGAGAAGUUAGACGAGCCCCGAGAACGUCAACACUCCGGAGCCAGACCCAAAUUCAGACCGGUGUUAGAGCCUCUUACAGAGAUCGCUGAAGCCGCUGCCUAA